AUGCAGAGUUGGAGUCGUGUGUACUGUUCCUUGGUCAAGAAAGGCCAUUUCAAUCGAAUAUCUCAUGGUCUGCAAGGAGUUUCUGUAGUGCCUCUAAGAACUUAUGCAGAUCAACCAAUCGAUGCCGAUGUGACAGUAAUUGGCUCUGGUCCUGGAGGGUAUGUUGCUGCUAUUAAAGCUGCCCAGUUAGGCUUCAAGACAGUCUGUGUUGAGAAAAAUGAAACACUCGGUGGAACAUGCUUGAAUGUUGGUUGUAUCCCUUCUAAGGCUUUAUUGAAUAACUCUCACUUUUACCAUUUGGCCCAUGGAAAAGAUUUUGCAUCUAGGGGAAUUGAAAUGUCUGAAGUUCGUUUGAAUUUAGAGAAGAUGAUGGAGCAGAAGAGUAAUGCAGUAAAAGCUUUAACGGGUGGAAUUGCCCACUUAUUCAAACAGAAUAAGGUUGUUCAUGUAAAUGGAUAUGGAAAGAUAACUGGGAAAAAUCAGGUCACCGCCACGAAAGCCGAUGGCAGCACUCAAGUUAUCGAUACAAAGAACAUUCUUAUAGCCACAGGUUCAGAAGUCACUCCUUUUCCUGGAAUUACGAUUGACGAAGAUACAGUAGUGUCAUCUACAGGUGCUUUGUCUUUAAAAAAAGUUCCAGAAAAAUUGGUUGUCAUUGGUGCAGGAGUAAUAGGUGUAGAAUUGGGCUCAGUUUGGCAAAGGCUUGGUGCAGACGUGACAGCAGUUGAGUUUUUGGGUCAUGUUGGUGGUGUUGGAAUUGAUAUGGAAAUAUCUAAAAACUUUCAACGUAUACUUCAAAAACAAGGAUUUAAAUUUAAAUUAAACACAAAAGUUACUGGUGCUACUAAGAAAUCAGAUGGAAAAAUUGAUGUUUCUAUUGAGGCUGCUUCUGGUGGUAAAGCUGAAGUUAUCACUUGUGAUGUACUGCUGGUUUGCAUCGGCCGACGACCCUUUACUCAGAAUUUGGGACUAGAAGAGCUUGGAAUUGAGCUGGAUCCUAGAGGUAGAAUUCCAGUGAAUAGCAGAUUCCAAACUAAAAUUCCAAACAUCUAUGCGAUCGGUGAUGUCGUUGCUGGUCCCAUGCUGGCUCACAAAGCAGAGGACGAAGGCAUCAUCUGUGUUGAAGGGAUGGCUGGCGGCGCUGUGCACAUUGACUACAACUGUGUGCCGUCGGUGAUUUACACACACCCUGAAGUUGCUUGGGUUGGCAAAUCAGAAGAGCAGUUGAAAGAAGAGGGUAUUGAAUACAAAGUUGGGAAAUUCCCCUUUGCUGCUAACAGCAGAGCUAAGACAAACGCUGACACAGAUGGCAUGGUGAAGAUUCUCGGGCAGAAAUCGACAGACAGAGUACUGGGGGCACAUAUUCUAGGACCCGGUGCUGGUGAAAUGAUAAAUGAAGCUGCACUUGCACUGGAAUAUGGAGCAUCCUGUGAAGAUAUAGCUAGAGUCUGUCAUGCACAUCCGACCUUAUCAGAAGCUUUUAGAGAAGCAAACUUGGCUGCAUCAUUUGGCAAGUCAAUCAACUUUUAA